AUGAGCGCAUUGUUCCCUGCCAUGGAAAGAGCCAUCCCUGCCUGCUGGAGCCAGCCCGGUGGGACAGCGAAUAACACGAGUUGGCAUCACAGGCUGCUGAGGCCUGAGGACAAUCACUACCACUGGACCGACUGUGAAGGCAGUCACUUGAGCGAAGUCCUUCUCACCCUGUUCAUCUGCCUCUGCGGGCUGAUGGGGAACGGGGCUGUCCUCUGGUUCCUCAGAUCCUGCAUCCGCAGGAACCCCAUCACCGUCUACGUCCUAAGCCUGACCGUCGCCGACUUCACUUUCCUCCUCUCCAUCGCCAUUGCCCUUGUGAUAUUUUACAGCUCAGAGAGCCUUUGUCACAGGCUGGACGUGACAACUGUGUUGAACAUCACCAUCCUCUUCACUUUCACCGCCAGCGUCUACCUCCUGACAGCCUUCAGUGCCAUCACAUCUCUGGCCGUCGUCCCCACAGCCCGCUGUCCCUGCCACCACUCCCGGUGCUUGCCAGUGCUCGUGUGUGCCCCGCUCUGGGCCCUCUCCUUCCUGCUCACCAUGACCGUCUACUUCAACCCUGCAGCACUCAUUGUCUUUGUCUUGAGCUACCUCUUAUCCGUGCUUAUCCUCAUUUUUUCCGGUCUAACCCUGCUUGCCAGGGUCUUGUGCUGUUCAUGGCAAUAUCCCCCAAAGAAUCUCUGUGUUGUGGUCCUUCUAGCUAUCUUCUUCUUCCCCUUCUUCACUGCUGACUUUGGCUACUGGAUCUUGCUAAGACUAUUUGAUUUUUCUGUUUUUGUCUAUGACAGCUCUCUUCUGCUUGCCUGUGUGAACAGCAGUAUCAACCCUGUUAUUUACUUCUUGGCUGGGAGCUGUGCCAAGAAGCGCACACUCUCUGCUAGGGUUGCUUUCCAGAGGGCUUUUGAAGAUGUAACAGAGCCCCAAAAUAGAGGUGAAACUCCCAGAGAAAAUACAGUGGAAACAGCUGUUUAA